GGAAUCAUGGGCCGCGGUAUCAACAGGGAGCCAGGCAGGCAGGUACCUUAGUGGCAGAUAGAUAAGCAAAUAUGUCAGACGUCAAUCAAGCCCAUUCUGAAAUAUUCGUUCGACAACCGUUGUUCAUCGUUUUAGUUUCUCGUCAUUUCGAAGCACCGUAGUCUUUUUUUUUCUUUACGUAAUCGCAGUGGAAUAUAUUCGCAAUUUGGGUUUCCAGCUUCGGUGCACCGUUCCGAGCCGCCGAUAUGGCACAUAUAAUGGCAUCUGCCUUGCGGGCUCAAUUGCCAGUGGCGCUUCUUCUAUGGUCAAGCUCUCAGCUUCAAUUGUCUUCUGCUCUUAACCUUCAAGUACCUCUCAUUGGUUCCAGCCAUGCCGGGUCUAGAGGUGCAGUGGCAAGCGAGAGCAAGAUAUGCUCCCAGAUAGGUAUCGAUCUCAUUGCACAAGGUGGGAACGCGGCAGACGCCAUGGUCGGCACGAACCUCUGUGUAGGUGUCACUGGCAUGUAUCACAGUGGCAUCGGUGGCGGCGGCUUCAUGCUUGUUCGGGGCUCCGAUGGCGAGUACGAGGUCAUCGAUUACAGAGAAACCGCACCGGCUGCUGCCUACGAAGACAUGUAUCGUGGAAAUGUCCACGGUAGCAUCCACGGCGGUCUCUCUGUCGGUGUUCCCGGUGAGCUGAGAGGUCUUGAGUAUCUACACAGCAAAUACGGGUCCCUUUCAUGGAGAUCCGUCGUAUUGCCAGCAGUACAAGUUGCUCGCAACGGCUUCCCCGUGACUGAGGAUCUUGUACGUUACAUGAAAGCUGCAACUGAACCAGGCCAGCCGAACUUCCUCGUGGAGGACCCAGCUUGGUCACAAGAAUUCGCACCAAAUGGAACCCUGGUUGGACUUGGGGAUAUUAUCAAGAGGGGACGUCUUGCUAGCACACUCGAGAAGAUUGCACAUCACGGUGCAAACGUCUUUUACGAAGGCGAUAUUGCGAAAUCUAUGAUCGAUGUCAUCCAGGCCAACAACGGCACAAUGACCCUAGAUGACCUGAAAGAUUACCAAGUCUCCAGGCCGCGGCCUGUGAGCGUAAAUUUCAGGGGCUACAAGCUCUGGUCAACACCGUCACCCUCAAGCGGCGCCGUCUGCCUCUCCAUCAUGAAGACCCUAGAGCAGUACCCACCCGAGGAGCUAUCGGCGACCCCGGAAAACAUUAACCUCACUACCCAUCGCCUCGACGAAGCCUUGCGCUUUGGUUACGGCGGGCGCACAUCCCUCGGAGACCCAGCGUUCGUCCCGCACAUCGACGAGCUCGAGUCUCGCCUCCUGUCCGAAAAGUCCGCAGCAGCCCGCCGCGCGCGGAUCCUCGACAACACCACACAGCCAGUGGAAGCCUACGACCCCAACACCGAAGACAGCAGCAACGACGGCAGGCACUUCUACGCCAAUCCGGGCCACGGCACCUCGCACAUCGUCACGGCCGACGGCACCGGCAUGACCAUCACCAGCACGACGACCAUCAACCUGCUAUUCGGCUCGCUGCUCAUCACCCCGGACACGGGCAUCAUCCUCAACAACGAGAUGAACGACUUUAGCAUCCCCGGCGUCCGCAACGAGUUUGGCUUCGAGCCGUCGGUGCCAAACUACAUCCGCCCGGGGAAGCGUCCCUUGUCGUCCAUCACGCCGCUGAUCGCCGAGCGCAUCGCCGACGGCUCCCUCGCCCUCAGCGUUGGUGCGGCCGGCGGCUCGCGCAUCCUGAGCUCUACGUGCCAGGUGGCAUGGCGGGUGCUCGAGCAGGGCCUGGGCGUCAAGGAGGCGGUUGCCGAGCCUCGCAUCCAUGAUCAGCUCAUGCCAAACGAGAGUUGGUUCGAGUGGGCAUUUGACAACUCCACCGUGGCGGGCUUAGCUGCCAGGGGCCAUAACGUGUCGUGGGUUCCGCCCAUCUACUCUGCCGUUCAAGCCGUGCAGAUGCUCGAGGACGGGACCUUAGUUGCUGCGAGGGAGAUAAGGCAGAAAAACAGCGGCGGCCUGAGCAUAUAGCGGCUCUAUGGAUAUUUGAAUGUUUUGUUUUCUUGGAUGAUAGGCUCGGGUUGUCCGCAGGUUGUAGACGGUCGAGAAACCUUCUCACCCAAGCAUACUACAACCAUAAUUGUAGAGGGCCUCUAGGUCUCAUGUAUGUCAACAAGUUUGUACGCAUCUGGUAGAUUUCACUUAAAUAUGAUAAACAAAUUGCAAAAACCACUUCACCGG